UCCUGGCCGCUGCUCUUUGUUCGGUUCCUUCAUUGAUCACGCGGCGGCGGCGGCGGCGGCGGCGCUGGCGAAGAGGCCCGGCCGGGCUGGCUGGAUGGAGGCGCCGUCGGGCAGCCCGGGGCUGCAGCUGCUUCCGCCGCCCGCCUCGGAGCCCCCCGCCCGCCACGGCGCCCGCCCGCCCGCCGGAGCCCAACUUCUCCGGGCUGCCAAGUUCCUCUGAGAGCUACACAGAAAAGCACCUUGAGACGACCACGAGCAGGACACGAAGGCAACAGAAGGAGCUUAAUUCCGUGGCUUCUGAACUGGCAGCGCGGCAGGAAGAAAGCGAACAUUCUCAUAAACAUUUAAUUGAGCUCAGCCGGGAAUUUAAGAAAAAUGUACCUGAGGAAGUCCGAGAGAUGGUGGCACCUGUUUUAAAAAGCUUCCAGGCAGAGGUGGUCGCUCUUAGUAAAAGAAGCAAGGAGGCAGAAGCCGCGUUCCUGACUGUUUACAAGCAAUUAAUCCAAGUGCCAGAUCCCACCCCUUUCCUGGAAACAGCACGAAGCCUAGAAAGUUGUCUGCAGCAGUUGCAUUGCCCCGAAAACCCACCUUUGAAAGUAUUGAACAGACAGUGGAAGAAGAACUCGGAGAUUUCAUGCCCAAAAGAGCAGAGAGAAGGGGCGCCCCUGGCUGGGCUUGCCGGGCCUGAGGGAGCCAAGCUCACGAGCGUCAACAGCAAAGCCCUCCUGACAGAAACUUUGCUGCAGAGAAAUGAAGCUGAGAAGCAGAAAGGCCUACAGGAAGCACAGAUCACUUUGGCCGCUCGGCUGGGGGAAGCAGAAGAAAAGAUCACAGUCCUGCAUUCCGCACUAAAGGCCACACAGACGGAACUGGUAGAUUUGCGCUGCAAGUACGAUGAAGAGGCUGCUUCCAAGACAGACGAAGUGGCCAUGAUUAUGACAAACCUCGAAAAAGCCAAUCAGAGAGCUGAGACGGCCCAGAGGGAGGUGGAGAGUUUGCGGGAGCAGCUCGCGUCGGUGAACAGCUCCCUGCGCCUGGCCUGCUGUUCUCCGCAGGGGCCCAGCGGGGAUAAAGUGAACUACAACUUGUGUCCGGGGCCACGGCUGGAGGCGGCGCUGGCAGCCAAGGACCGGGAAAUCCUCCGUCUUCUCAAAGAGAUCCAGCAUCUGCAGACGUCCAUGCAGGAGUUGGAAGAGUCUUCGGCCAAUCAGAUUGCGGACCUGGAGCGGCAGCUGGCGGCCAAAAACGAGGCCAUCGAGAAACUGGAAGACAAACUUAGAGCCCAGUCGGAUUAUGAGGAGAUCAAGACUGAACUGAGCAUCUUGAAGGCGAUGAAGCUGGCUUCCUCGAACUGCAGUGUGUCGCAGAGCAUAUCGAAAUCCAGCGAUGCUUUGCUUCUGGGAAAAGAUUCUUUCUUCACAUCUCAGAAGUACCUGCUAGAAAAACCCAGCCUUGUGCACAAUAUUGAGGAAGACCCCUCGGAGGACGAGUCGGUGAAGGACUCCGUGGGCACGGACCAGUCCUACCCUUCCCCUCAGCAGCUCUUGCACACGCCCAGGGAAGACUCGGCUUCCCCCACCCUCGUCCAGCCCUUGCUCGGGGCUGCCGCGGCUCAGGAAACACCCCGGACUUUCUCGCUGUCUCCUUUUCCCAGCCUGAGCACCGCUGAACGGAUCCCUUUAGACUCCCUCCUCCCCAAACAGAUGGGGCCUCCCACAUACAAGAGCGAGAACAGUAGCGGGCUAGCCUUCCCCUCCCCUUUCUACGCUGCCAAGGGGGCUGGGCUACCCAGCAACCCCAGCCAAACCCUCCCGGCCAGCGAAGCCAGCCCACCCAGCGACCAGUCCGAAGUCUGCAGUUCGGCCGGUUCGGUGGACGAGGAGCAGCUCGAUACGGCGGAAAUCGCAUUCCAAGUGAAGGAGCAGCUCCUCAAACACAACAUUGGGCAGCGGGUCUUCGGGCACUACGUGCUCGGCCUCUCCCAAGGCUCCGUCAGCGAGAUCCUGGCCAGGCCGAAGCCGUGGCGCAAGCUGACCGUCAAGGGCAAAGAACCCUUCAUCAAGAUGAAGCAGUUCAUCUCCGAUGAGCAGAACGUCUUGGCCCUGAGAACCAUUCAGGUGCGCCAGAGAGGUAGCAUCACGCCAAGGAUCAGAACCCCCGAAACUGGGUCUGACGACGCCAUCAAGAACAUCCUGGAGCAAGCUAAGAAGGAGAUCGAGUCACAGAAAGGAGGGGACGGCAAGAGCUCCUCAGCCCCCCAGGCUGUGGCCAACGGCACCGGCGGAGGCAACUCAGAAGACGCCAUCAAGAGCAUCUUGGAGCAAGCCCGCCGGGAAAUGCAGGCUCAGCAGCAAGCCCUGCUGGAGAUAGAAUCGGGCGGGGCCGGCAGGGCCGCAUCCACCCCGCCUGCGGAGCGGUCCACUUUGGCUGCCGUCAGCCAGAACAUCGUCCAGGCCUACAUCAAGCAGGAGGAAGGGAUGCUGGGUCCGAAUGCUGGCGGCAGCAUGACGCAGGCGCCCCUGACGGUGCUCUCCCCAGCGGCCUUCGUGCAGGGCAUCAUCAGAAAGGUCAAGUCCGAGAUCGGGGAUGCCGGCUCGUAUUUCGACCAGCACUGGGCGUCCGAGAGGAGCCUGCUGAGCCGCCCGUACACCUCGGUGUCGCCCUCCCUGUCCUCCUCCUCCAGCUACUCCAGCAUGGCCAACGGGCGGGGGUGGCCGCGAGGAGACGCCGGCGACGCCGCCCCGAACGAGGACGAUCUCCUGACCUCUGAGGAUGAGCCCCACAGGCUGCUGGAGGUCAAGUCAGAAGGGGCUGGUUCUGAGCCCCCGGGCUCUGGCCGCCUGGCUUAUUACCCGGCCUACGUCCCCAGGACCCUCAAGCCCACCGUUCCCCCCUUGACCCCGGAGCAGUACGAACUGUACAUGUACAGGGAAGUGGAUACCUUGGAGCUGACGAGGCAGGUCAAGGAGAAGCUGGCCAAGAACGGGAUUUGCCAACGUAUCUUCGGGGAAAAGGUGCUGGGCUUGUCGCAAGGGAGCGUGAGUGACAUGCUUUCUCGGCCGAAGCCGUGGAGCAAGCUGACCCAAAAGGGGCGAGAGCCUUUCAUCCGGAUGCAGCUGUGGCUCACGGACCAGCUGGGCCAGGGGAUCAGCCAGCAGGUUGGCCAGACUCAUGCUAGUCCUGGGGAGAUGCAGUCUUCUCCUUCCCCGCCCCCCAGCCCUUCAGAGCAAGAAAAAAGCCCCCAGGAACCGCUGAUUCUAGCCUUGGAAAGCAGCAAAGAGAACCAGCAACCAGACAGUAGGUCGGCUUCUGUGCUGAGCGGGAAGACGUGUUCUGACAGCCAGGGGUCGGUGGGCAUCCAGGAAAUUGUGGCCGUAUCACCGGAGCUGGACACGUACACCAUCACCAAGAAGGUCAAAGAGGUCUUAACAGAUAACAACCUUGGCCAACGGCUCUUUGGGGAGAGCAUCCUGGGCCUGACCCAAGGAUCGGUCUCUGACCUCCUUUCGAGACCCAAGCCGUGGCACAAGCUGAGCUUGAAAGGGCGGGAGCCCUUUGUUCGCAUGCAGCUCUGGCUGAAUGAUCCACACAACGUCGAAAAGCUCCGGGACAUGAAGAAGCUGGAGAAGAAAGCCUAUUUGAAGCGCCGCUACGGGCUGAUUACUGCCAGUUCAGACAGUGAAUCUCCCAACACCCGCUCGGAAUGCCCCAGCCCGAGCCUCCAGUCACAAGACCUGAGCCUCCUGCAAAUCAAGAAACCAAGGGUCGUCUUGGCCCCGGAAGAGAAGGAGGCCCUCAAAAAGGCCUACCAGCUGGAGCCGUAUCCUUCCCAACAGACCAUUGAGCUGCUGUCUUUCCAGCUGAAUCUCAAGACCAACACCGUGAUCAACUGGUUCCAUAACUACAGGUCUCGCAUGCGCCGGGAGAUGUUGCUGGAGGGAGCUCAGGAUGACACAGACCCGGACCAGUGCGUGACCCCAGCUAGCAACUCACUCAAGAGUCCCGACUCAGAAGGAGAGGACAAGAAACCGACAUUCAGAGAUGCUGAGUGCCAGGGGGGGAACGAGCUGCAGGUCCAGAUCAAGGAGGAGCAGUUGGAGGCAGGUGAGAAAGAGGACUGUUCGAACCACGAGGACACCAGUAGCCUGGAUGGAGAGGCAGAGCCUCCGUCGGGGUUGGUCCUGAAAGAAGAGCAGGUGGAAGCAGCGUGCACAGAAGGCUUACGGGAGACUCCUAACUUCACAUGGGGUAGCACCCCACAUAGCAAAACACACACGCCCGGUGCUCCGGAUCACUCCUCUGUGCAUAACCCUGUGGAGGCCGACAGUGGCGAGAGGCCGCACCCUGACCCCAUUAGCUUUAAAUCUGCUUCUGAAUCCUCCCGCUGCAGUUUGGACGUCUCCCUGAACUCUCCAUCGGCAGCCUCCUCUCCGGGCCUCAUGAUGUCCGUUUCUCCCGUCCCGUCCUCUUCCGGCCCCAUCUCCCCGUCGCUGCCAAGUGUGGGAGCCAUCAAAGCGCAGAGCGUGAGUCCCGCCACAGACCCGGGCUGUGCGGUCCAGAACACCAAGCGCAGCACGAACACCCAGCGGCGGCACGAGAAGAUGGCAAACCUCAAUAGCAUCAUUCACAGGCUAGAAAGGGCGGCCAAUCGAGACGAGGUGCUGGAAUGGGAAUUCUGACGCAAACUCACUGAAAUGUGCUCAGCAGGCAAGGGACCACAGUGAAAUGUAUAUAUAUAUAUUUACAUAUAUAUAUAUAUACACACACACACAAUCACACACACACACACACAUAUAUAUUUUAUUAAUUUCACCAAGGAUUGAGGAAGACGUCAAAACACCACGUCUCUUCGUUGGAGAGGAAACGCAACGAAUAGCUACUCCUGUUCCCUGUUUCUUCUUAGCUCCUGGCAGGAAGAUGAAAACUGACUCUUUUUGUUUGUUUUUAAAUGUGAAAAUGAAACAAAAAAAAACUCCUGGGAACACUUUUAGAAGAAAAAAAAUUAAAAAUAAUAUUUAUAGACCUCUUUUAGAUAUUUUAAUAAAAGGAAACUUUGGAAUUUACUAACAGCUCUAGCUGCUUUGAUAUGAAAAGAUAGCUAUAAAAUUGUAUCAGUUGUGUCAUUAAAUGUCCACUGAAGUCCUGUAGUUUGCCACUGGAUGAGAUUAAAAAUUAAAGAAGACACCACCCACGCUCGUUGAUCAAAGCCAUCGCGAAGCACUCUGACACAAUACGGGAAUUUUACUACAUUUUAAGUCGCCAGAGGGGGUGUAUUUUCCCCCACCUUUAUCUGUAAGAUUGCUACGACCUUUCCAGAGACUUGUCUUAUAGUCCGCAAAGACUCUAAAUUUGGAAUCUGAGUCCAUUAUUUAGUUCUGGUGGUAUGUUUUGAAACCCUUCUUUUUUUUGUAACGCAGGAAAAAAAAAAGAAAAUGUUGCGUGCCGUUGUAUAUGUUGUAGAAAUAUGUUUUCAGUAGCCUUCCUGAACACGAUGUAGCAUGGUUUCAGAACUGAUUCCGUAGCCCUGGUGCUUCCUCUAGCUAGCAACCCUUGAGAAACAGAAACACACAAGAAGAAAAGGCAGAGGAAAGGAGAAGAAUUCGGCUGCCGCUGACGGCCAGCUUCUUUCUGCCUACUGUCGAGACCGUUCGUAUUUCAAAAAGGUGCAUCUGGCCGCUUGAAAGUCUGUUUGGUUUGGCAAGGAGAGACUUGAAUGAUAACCAAGACAAAC